AUGCUUGUGGUGAUUCUCUUCGAAAGGUUCAGGCAUCACUUGGACAUCAUGGCGAACGGUGGACCUCGCUCCAUCCUCUGCUUGAUGGCGCAGGAGAAGGGCUACCAAGCCAUGAUCGAAGCGGCACAGAGCGAAGGCGUCACAGUCGUCCGAGUUGGCAGGAACGGAGAGAUGGCGUACUAUCCAGGUGGACACGACUUCAGUGUCCCAAUUUUCUGGGACAGGUGGCGCUUUGCUCAGAAGGAGAUUUUCGACAUACAGCAGAACCCGUUUCGGGCCGAGAGCGACUUCGCUCCAGAGCAUGGGCCCAAGAAGUGGCAUGAAGGCCCUGUUCAGCUGGAGUAUUUUGAUCCCUCCGAGGAGCUGGACCGCCGGGUGUUUCACAGUUUCCUCAACAAGAGGGACUUCCAUCGAACUGGCUCAAUCGUGACCGGGACCUACGUCAAACCUGGCAUCCGCUUGAACGACACCCUCGUACAAGCCAUCGAUCGAGCGUGCGAAGCCUCCGAGACGAAGUUGUUGAAGCAGCCGGGGAAGGGCACCUUCUACUUCAACGAAGAUCUCGAGGCGUUAGUCCAGCAGGAGCCCGAGGUGGCCGCUGCGGUGCGCGCGGACUUGGAAAGCCUGGGCAAAUUAGACCCGGAGGACUACGCCACGAUCUUGUGGAACUUCGAAAGUCACUGGCUGACCCCGGCGGGGCCACCCAUGCAGGAGGUCCUUGCGCGCGUGGUUCGCUGGGUGGAGGGCUUCACCAAAGUGCCGGCGAAGCGCGUUGAGGUUGCCAAGUUCGUGGAGCCCUGGGUGCGCAUUGGCCAGCAAGCCUUAGACUGGUUUUACCAUCAGAACUUGCUGGACAUGAUUACGAUCAGGGUCUGGCCAAAGAAGAGUGAAGCCAUCAACAAAGUGCUCAUGCGCGACCUCCGCAAACUCGCGAAGGCGAAGAAAGAAGAUCGCUGGACUAGUCCGAAGCGUGACCGGCCGCCGAGGCUUGUGGUGGUCCUCUCGGAAGACCUUUGCUUCGAUUACGCCAUGAACGAAGCGCAAGACGCAGGUAUCAGCGCCAUAUGGCUUGGCCUGACCGGAAACGGUGCCUACUAUCCGGCAAACACGCGGCACCGGAUGCCAUUUUCGACGGUGCCCUGGACGAGGGUUGCUGAGUACUUGCCACUGGCAGUUCGGGAUCCGUUCCAGGAGGGGGUCUACACUCCCGACAAUUUCUUGCCAGUCACGCUGUCGCACCGGAACUCCGUACCCGCAGAUCCUGAGUGGGGAAGGCCCAAGGAGCUGGAUCUGGACAACCACGCGCAGUUCUUGAAGCGAAAGCCCAAAGUGCGGCGGAGUCUCCAGGAGGCGGAGGAAGAACUGCUUGAACUGGAGGAAAGGGCCGAAGAGGAGGUCAGAGUGCCGCCGUCAACCGAGUAG